AUGGAAGAUCCGACUGAAGAGAGUCCACUGAUUGACUCGAGCUCGCUACGACGCGAUGAGAGUCCCAAACACGCGCGCCAAAGGCACCUGGGCGUCGCAAGCGUAGGAUUCCUGAUAUUCAACCGAAUCAUCGGCACGGGAAUCUUUGCCGCGCCGAGCAUCAUCUUGCGAUGCGCUGGAAGCAUAGGUGCAACGUUCACCAUGUGGGUGAUUGGAACGCUCGUUGCCGCAGCUGGGACAUCCGUAUACAUUGAGCUAGGAACAGCUCUUCCCAGAAACGGCGGAGAGAAGAACUACCUGGAGUUUAUCUACAACAAACCUCGGUUUAUGAUCACCUGCGCAUAUGCGUCCUAUGCGAUUUUUACGGGCUGGGCUUCCGCGAACAGCCUCGUGUUCGGAGAAUACUUGGUCAAUGCGUUAUCUAUAACUGCUACGAGGACUACCAUCGGAGCAGCAGCCCUUCUCUGCAUGACGUUUUGCCUAGUAAUGCACGGCUGCUUUCUCCACCAAGGACUACGCAUACAGAACACCCUCGGUGCUGCCAAGAUCGUGAUCCUCAUCGUGAUACCGAUCUCAGCUCUACUCAACGUCGUUGGGAUACCAUUCUUCCAGCUUCGGGACGGCGUCAACGUCCCACACAACUUCGAUGUGGACAAAAUAUGGGAAGGAAGCUUCAAGACAGGCGUAAGCGGCUUCGUCACUGGGAUGUUCAACGUUAUCUGGUCAUAUAAUGGCUAUCAGAACGCGAAUUAUGCCCUGGCCGAAGUCCACAAUCCAGUGCGCACGAUUCGACGUGCUGCUCCGCUGGCUGUUGCCGGUGUCUCGGUCUUCUAUUUUCUCAUCAAUAUCGCGUACUUCAUAGCCAUAGCCAAGGAGGACAUCCUCGAAAGCCGCCGAAUCGUAGCUGCGCUUUUCUUCCGCAACAUAUUUGGACCGUCAACAGAGAAGAUAUUGAGUGGAGCAAUCGCCCUAUCAACCCUGGGAAACGUUAUGUCAAUCGUAUUUGCGCAUGGGCGAGUCAUACAGGAAUUGGGCCGUGAAGGCAUAUUGCCGGCCUCACGUUGGUUUGGAUCCAGCAAACCGUUCGAUUCUCCUCUCCGGGGUAUUCUCGUCGUGUGGCUCGUCUCGUCCGUGUUGAUGCUAUCAGCGCCAUCCGGGGACGCGUACUUGCUGAUGGUAAACCUAUCGUAUUACCCGAUCAUUCUGUUCAACGUGCUGCUGCCAGCAGGCAUUAUCUACAUGCAUAUAUCGCCAAGUAUCGAAUGGAAUCCGCCGUACAGAAGCUAUACAGCCGUCGCCGUGUUUUUCUUCAUAUCGAACGUCUUCCUUCUCCUCGCACCGUUUGUGCCACCCCCUCCUGGAUUCCAGGUCUACGAGAACUUUCCGUACUGGCUGCAUGUGGUCGGAGCGCUCAUCAUUGGGCUGCUGGGAGUGUCGUAUUUCACCGGACGUUGGGUUAUACUGCCAAAGAUCGGCAAAUACGAGCUGAGGAGAGUUACGAUCGUUGAGCAUGGUAUUCCUGUCGCGGCUUUUCGGAAGCAACGCAUAGAGUAA